ACAUGUAGAAGCUUGUUGUAACACUAUCCCUUGACGCGCGGCCGCGCUACUAGCCUUGUUUGGAUUAAAAUGAUUUCUGCGCUAUCAUGGAUUCCAAAAGGAGUAGCAAAAGCUGUGCCAACAGUGGCACAGCCUACGGAAGAGGAAUUAGAGGCGAUGCGAGCACAACUUGAGGCGGAGGGCGAUGGCGACGACGACGAGGACUCGGAACCCUCGAGCUCUGACGCUGACAUGGACUCUGACGAUGCGGGAAAGGACGAGACGGUCGAGGAGGCGGUGGCGCGUGCAAAGAAGGUCGCAGCGUCCAUGGCAUCCUCUCGGGCCGCCGCCGGCGGCAGCGCGACAGCCGCGACGGGGGCAAUUGAAGCAGCGAUGAAGGAGUUAGACAUGGAACACUAUGAUGACUCGGGGGACGACGACGCGGACGUCAUCAACCGGGUUUUGGGCACGUCGGGGAGGGCACGGCUCGAGUACGCGGAGGGCGAGCCCGACCCCUACCUGCAGCUCGGCGACGACGACUCGGAAAUAGAGGACUUCACGCUGCGCCCCACCGACCUCAUCAUCCUGUCCGCCAAGAACGAGGACGACGUCAGCAACCUGGAGGUGUGGGUGUACGAGGAGGCGGACGGCGGCGGCGAGGCCAACCUGUACGUGCACCACGAGGUGCUGCUGCCCGCCUUCCCGCUGUGCCUGGCCUGGAUGGACUGCGACCCACGGGGCGACACGGGGCGGCGAAACCUGGUGGCGGUUGGCACGCUGGAGCCAGUUAUUGAGAUCUGGGAUCUGGACGUGGUGGACAGCGUGGAGCCGCUCACGACGCUGGGAGGCGUGGACACCAGCGCCGCCGAGGCAGCGGCGGAGGGGGGAGAGGGCGGGGCAGCGGGCGACAAGAAAAAGAAGAAGAAGAAGAAGAAGGCUAAGGCCAAGCUGCUGCCGGGCAGCCACGAGGACAGCGUGCUGGGCCUGUCGUGGAACCGGGAGUUCCGCAACGUGCUGGCAUCGGGCAGCGCCGACUGCACCGUCAAGAUCUGGGACCUGGUGAAGGGCGCGUGCGAGCACACGCUCAAAUGCCACACGGACAAGGUGCAGGCUGUGGCGUGGAACCCGGCCGAGUCGCCGGUGCUGCUCACAGGCUCCUUCGACCGCUCCGUGUGCCUGGCGGACGCGCGGACGCCGCAGGGCGACCCGGCCCGCUGGAAGGUGACUGCGGACGUGGAGGCGCUGUGCUGGAACCCGCACGACCCCACCUGCUUCCUGGUGUCGUGCGAGGACGGGGUGGUGGCGCAGUACGACGCGCGCAAGGGCAAGGGCAGCGCCGCGCUGUUCCGGCUGUCGGCGCACGACAAGCCCACCUGCACGCUCAGCUUCUGCCCGGCGGUGCGCGGGCUGCUGGCCACUGGCUCCACGGACAAGAAGGUCAAGCUGUGGGACGUGAGCAACAACACGCCGCAGAUGGUGUGCGCCCAGGACCUCAACACGGGGGCGGUGUUCUCGGCGUCCUUCUGCGGUGACGCGCCGCACCUGCUGGCGGCGGGCGGCGCGGGCGGCGAGGUGGUGGUGUGGGACGUGCGCGCGCACUCGGCGGUGGCAGCUAAGUUCCCAGCCUUCGCAGCCACGUUGCCGACGGGGCCGCCGGCCGCGGCGGAUGACGACUAGAGGGUUGGAGGGCGGCAGUUGAUGGGCACGAUUGUGUGUGCGUGCUGGUGUGUAAAUCAGUAAAUGUGGGUGCAAGUUUGUUUGCAGGUGGGUGCAUGGCGGUGGAGGUAGAUGGGACUUGGGAGUGGGACAGCGCGUGGAGAGGGAGUGGGGCUGUGGGCGCGGGCGUGCGGCAUGAUGCGAGGCCGACUGAGUCAGUGGGGGCCUGCGGUGGUUGGAAGAUGCCAGCAACAGCCUGCAAUUGGGGUAACUACCGUAUUUGGAUGGGUCAGGCAUGAAUUUUUUUUGCGCAAGGAGGCGCUGACGCAGGCCGCAGGGCAGGGCGCCCGAGGGCGCAGAGGCCGUGAUGCAGCAGGGGAGGGGCUUCCCCUAUGGAACGAAGACGCAGGCGUGCAACGGUUCUAACUUGUGAAGACGGAUGAGCGUUUCGUCGUACCUGCACUAGAGAAGGUCGUCGAUGCGGUUGAGUGCUCCCCGGGAUCAACUUCGAUCCCCCGACUUGAGACCACCACCGAGGUGGAGCUGCAAACUCAACCAGUCUGAAGUUCAGUCUCGAGGGCGCUUGAAAUUCUGUGAUUGCA